AACCAAGUGAGUGUGUGUGAGUAUUUGUGAGACAGACAGACAGACAGACAGACAGAGAGAGAGAGGGAGGGAUAGACUGACAGAGAUGCAGAGAGAGAGAGAGAGAGUUUUAGACAGACAGAGAGAGAGAGAGGCAUACAUUGACAGAGAGAGAGAUAGACAGAGGCAGGGUUAGACAGACCAAGAGGCAUACACUGACAGAGAGACAGACAGAGACAGGGAUAAAGUAACAGAGAUGGAGAGAGAAAGAGACAAACAGAGACAUUGAGAGAUGUUUCUGGGUGUGUGUGUGUGUGUGUGUGUGUGUGUUGAUUUAUGAAGAAGAUGGCAAAUAGUGGGAAUUUUCUUAUGUGUUUUGUACUUUAUUUUCUUUGCUUCAUUCAUUUUUUUUCCCUUGUUUUUUUUUUCCAUCUCAAUUUCAUUCAUGUUUUUCCUUUCUCCUUCUCUCUCUAUUCCUUUAUUUUUUUCCUUUCAUCUAUAUACUUCAGGUCGCGGUGGAAACUGGCGUACAGCUGUGCCUGAGCCUGCCGUGGAUGCAUUCCCAGCCCCCAAACUGAACGGUCAACCUGCCGCCAAUCUCAACUUCAACCAGAACAGCUCGGACACGGCUGGCCAGGACAACCACCGCAACACAGACAUGCAUGCACCUGAUAUGGACAUGAAAAUGGAGGGACAGGAGUCCCACGUGAUGGUGUCCGACAGUGAUGCCUCAGUGCAGGAGGGGGAACGGCAGGCAGAGACCCGCAAGUGCCCCUGGGAGAAGCCUGGAGGCAUCAAGGUCAACAGAAAGAAGGUGCCAGGAGCCAAGAACCUCAAGGUCCGCAGGUACGUGCAGCCCAAGAAUGCCAUCGUGUGCCUGAAUGAGCUGCGGCCGGGCGUCACCUACACCAUGGAACAGGAGGGAGGCGUUUGCCAGCCAUUUUGCAUAUCUGUGGAGGUACCUGGUGCGGUUGACGGGCAGAAGUACCGAGGGUUUGGGUCUUCAAAGCAGCUGGCCAAGCAGGCAGCAGCUGAGGCGGCGCUGAUCGGCUUCUUGAAGCCGCCCGUCACCACACCAGAGAACCAGGAGGAAGACAAGACCCCCUGGGCCACCCUGGGGCCGACGGGCUGGCUCAGGAAGGCUUUCAUACCUGCAAUGUCAGAGCUACUCAGUCCUUAACAC